UCUCACACAUUGUUUCUUGAUACAUACAGACAGAAAUAUCUCUUAUUAAAAUUCAGGAGUUAAGUAAUCUGUACCCAGUUCCAGUGAUUUGAUUUUUGUGUUCAAACAUCGGUAUAUACGAGAUGGAUCUUGGUUGUUUAGACAUGGGUUGUCUUGAAAAGCUCAAGAAUCAUCAAUCUUCAGUUGAUUCUACUGACUCUCCUCGCUCUUCUUCUUCUAAAUCUGGAAAGAAAAGAACAGUUAGAGAUAGCCAUCCAAGCUUGAGCGGUCUCAGCAAAGUUACAUCACAGAUUAAAAAACCUUCCCGCCGUAAAGUUUCACCCAUCAACUGGUUCCCACGCACGAAGGUUGAAUCGUACUUAAAAAGGAAAAUAAAAAUGCUCCAGGAUGUAGAUGGGAUGAGAUCCACUCUUGAUGAAACACUGGGGGAUUCAAAUCCCCAUUAUUCAAGAGUUUUGAGAGAAAAAAUUGCAGUAAGAGAGGCUGCGAAAAAGGCAUUGGAGGCUCGAAAGGCUGCGUUGGUUGAGGCUUCUUGGUGCCGCAUACUUAAAGCAUCCAGGAUUGAAACCAAAGAAGCUGAAACUAUGCUGCUCAAAGCAGAAAAUACUGCAGCUGAAGCAUUUGAAGCUGCAAAGGCUAUUGGUGUGAUCAUGUACGACAUACCAGAUUAUUCUCAAAAACAUUAUCAAAUAGAAACAUUGAAUGUAAAUGGAGGGGACUCUACCAGACAUACUGUUAGGACAUCUUUUGAAACUGCAUUUGAGGUGGAUAAACAAGUAGCUGCAGCUGUUAAAGCUGCAUUUAUUAAUCUUGCAAAUUGCACAUCUAAAGAUGAAAUCAAGGAGAUGUUGCGAACAAUUAGUCAUAAUCCAGAUACAGAUGACAGUAAUCUUGAAGGGUUAUCUUCAGAAUGUGAAUCUGAUACUGGGUCUGAAUUUGAAUCAGCAUCGGUCGAUGCUAAUAUUUGCUCUCAAGAUGUUGAUGCCGUAGCAUUGGUUGGCAAGGCAAGACAACGAAAAUACAAGAGGCAGUUCCCAGAAAAACAUCACAAGGCAAAGCUUGUCGACAUGAUGCUAGAGAGAAUUAAAUGCCUAAAAGAUGAUGAACUUGCAUCUUUAGCCACUAUUGUUGCAACUUGCGGAUUGAGCGCUGUUCUUGCCAAAGCGGAGAACAUCGACCAGCAUAACUUAGGUGCUGCUUCUGAUCAUGCACCAGCUGCCAAUCUUCCCAGGAGAGUGUCUUCCUUUGGGGCAGGAAGAACAAGGACAUAUCAUACUGAUGUGCAGCUGCAUAAUCAAGUUGAGACUGAAAUUCCAAGCCUAGACAAAUUUUUGGUUAAGCGUUUGACCAGACUUGAAAGAGAGGUACAAGAAGCCAAGAACUCCAAAAUCAACAAGCUGGGUGAAGAAGGGUAUAGAGAAGAACAGGAGAAACCAGAUCAUGAAAAGGUCUGUUCCAGUGGUAGUAUAUUAACUGCCGACUUGGGUAGUAUUCUUGUAAAACACAAGUCUAAACUUGAGAAGGAAGUUGAAGAGGCAAAGAAGAACUCUGGGAAGAUGUUUGUUAAGGAUCCUAUGAUUGCAAAAGGGAGUAAUAAUUCAUCCGAGGUUGUUCCAGACCUUGGAAGUGUUUUGAACAAAAAACAUGUCUCAAAGCUUAAGAAAGAGAUUGAAGAGGCCAAAAGGGAAAUGGGUAAACUAUAUGAGCCAAAUGGCAAGAAAGCCGCAAGAGAGCAAAAUUGGUCUUUUGGCCAGACACAACAAGAUGUUUCAGAAUUUCCAAGCUUGGAUAAGACUAUGGUGAAACACAUGUCAAGACUUGAAAGAGAAGUCCAAGAAGCAAGAUUUGAAAGAAAAAGGGAGGCAGAUGAAAAAGAUAAGGGUACUGGUACUGGUAAUAAUUCAGCUGUGGUUGUUCCUGACCUUGAAAGUAUGCUAACAAGAAAGCAUGUCUCAAAGUUUAAGAAGGAGAUUGAAGAGGCCAAAAGGGAAAAUGGUAAACUAUAUGAAUCGAAUGGCAAGAAAACUGAAAGAAAGCAAAAUUGGGCAUCUGGCCAGACCCAAAAAGAUGGGUCAGAAUUUCCAAGCUUAGAAAAGGCUCUGGUCAAGCGCAUGUCAAGACUUGAAAGAGAAGUCCUGGAAGCAAGAAACGGAAAGAAAAAGAAGCCUUCAAUCGCAGAUUCUGUGGAGAAUUCAACAUGUUCUCUUGGAGGCCAAGUGGGGAAAGAAAAUAUUGAUCUAAAUCAGGAACUCGAAACAACACAAAAUGGAAUUUCUAUAGAUUUUUCAGUUGAGACGUCAAUUCCCAAUGAACAAUCAAUAUUGGAAGCUGCAGAAGCUCUAUCGCUUGAUCACAAAGGACUAGAAUCUAGCAACGGAUGUGAAAGUAGCCUUGACAAGAUUGUGGUUAAACCACCAGUUCAUCGGGUGCAAAAGGAAAAAACGAAAGCAUUUCCUGUGGAAGCUGAUCAAGGAAGCAAUGUCGCAGAUUGUGAAAGCUUGGAUAAAGUUUUAAUAAAACAUGUGUCCAGGCUUGAGAAAGAGAAAUUGGAGUAUGGUAAAAAGCAAGAAGUAACUAAUAUAAAGAAAAAUAGGGAAACUAAAAAAGAGUUGGAAAGCAGCGAAGGAAGCUUGGAUCAAAUAUUGAUUAAACCCAAGUCCAGGCUCGAGAGGGAAAAGAUAAGUGCUGCUCAGCAAUCAGACAGCCAGAUACUGCAUUCAGCAACUCGCCGCCAGGCAAGGGAGAAAGAAAUGCAGCAAGCAUGGGGAGGGCUAAGCUUAGGAAAUUCCAUACUCCCCCGUCAAUCUCGGCUUCAACGUGAUAAGGCUGCUUGGCAAAAAGCUGAGGAAGAGGAAAGGAUGAGAGCUACAGAGCAUGUGUGACAUCUUUAUUAAACAUGCUUCCACAGUGGUUUCAGAAAGGAGGUUUCAUAUUGCUUAGCAGUUGUUAUAUUACAUAGCUUAUGUUUGAUAUUUAUUCAGUAGUUCUACAAAAACAUAUACAAGCUUUCUCAUGCUUGAAUUGUAAAAUACUGUACUUUUCUUUUAUAGAGCAACUGAAUAUAGCAGCAGUUCAUUUUA